CCCUGGGAUGCCACGUUUGAUGCCUUCAACCUUAGAAAAUAUUCCAGAUAACCCGAAUGAAACUCUGUCCCCUAGAAAUGAACAAGGGAUUUUAAAAGCAAUGUUGGUCAUCCUUUUUUUAAAGCCUUUUGAUCUAGGUUUUGGAAUUAAAGUAGACUGAAAUAGUACAGGGACAAGCUAUUUGCUGCCCAAGUACAGCAGGAGCCAGUAAAUUCCGAUUCCAUUUGAAUAAUAGGUUAUUGAUCUCAUCCGAUAUCUACGUUUUGCUUCGAUUGUCUAGGAAGACAACGUGUGAUUUCAGUCUGAGCUCUGUUGGGGAAAUUGUGCCUCUUGGCAGUCAGCUUGUGUGUCCCACACAUUAUCAUUGUGUGUUCUGUCUUUUUCAGUGUGAUGCGGGUGCCCUGUGCUGCAUUAGUGUUAACACUGUGUGUUCUGUCUUUUUCAGUGUGAUGUGGGUGCCCUGUGCUGCAUUAGUGCCUGUGAAAUGCUGGCCUGUCUGCCAGUAGCAGGUGACCUUUCCCUCCAGCUUCUCUCCCACUCGCAGAUGAACUCUGGACUUCAGAAAUGGGACACUACCCAGAAAAUGAGAUCUGCACAGUAUCCAACACCAGCGGAACUGGAUGCCUAUGCUAAGAGAGUUGCCAACAGCCCACUGACGAUAAAAAUCUUCCCCAACAGCAUCAAAGUUCCGCAGAGGAAGCACAUUCGGCGCACCGUGAACGGCUUGGACACGUCCAGCCAGCGCUACAGCCCGUACCCGACUCCCGCCAGCGCCAAGACCGGCCUCCUCGCCAUCGUCAAGGGGCCCCUCAAAGGGCCCAUCAAAGGGAUCCUCAAAGGCUUUGAAAGCGGCCGAGCGCGUCUGCUCCCAGAGGUGACCAUGAACCCCCCCAGCGGGCCGUACGGCACUCAGAGCACUUUAAACCUCCCCCAGGCCCAGAGCAACGCCCGGGCCAGACCCCUGCCCCAGCGCCAGGGCCUGCUGCACCCGCACCCGCACCCGCAAACUUUACAGCUGCAGCAGCAACCAGGCCUGCUGCAUCCGCAAACUUUACAACAAGGCCUGCCGCAUCCACAAACUUUACACCAGCAGCAACAGACUCUGCAGCGCCAACAGACUUUACAGCAGACGCUGCAGCAACAGCAACAGGCGCUGCAACAACAGCAGCAGCAACAGACGCUGCAGCAACAGCAGCAGCAACAGACGCUGCAGCAACAGCAGCAGCAACAGACGCUGCAGCAACAGAAGCUGCAGCAACAGACGCUGCAGCAACAGAAGCUGCAGCAACAGCAGCAGCAACAGAUGCUGCAGCAUCAACAGACUUUACAACGGCAGCUGCAACAACAACAGCAGCAACAGACAGGCCUGCCCCAUCCACAGACACCGCAGGAUCCGAGGCAGCUCCCAGGUAUGGCCCAGCUGCCAAAACUGCAGCAGCCGCAGGUCCUGCCCCAAGCACAGACUCUGCAGCAGCCGCAGGUCCUGCCCCAAGCACAGACUCUGCAGCAGCCGCAGGUCCUGCCCCAAGCACAGACUCUGCAGCAGCCCCCUGGCCUGCCCGGACUGCAUGGACCCAGGAAGAUGGCGGACGGCGAGGCUCCGCCCAACGUGACCGUGUCUACCUCCACCAUCCCGCUGUCCAUGGCGUCGGGCCGGCAGCAGGGCCGGCCGGCGGACCUGAGCAGCAUCGUGCAGCAGAUCAGCCAGUUCUGCCAGCCGCGGCCGGGCGCCAGCACUACCUCAGUGUGCGAGGGACAGAUCGCCAACCCCAGCCCCAUCAACCGCAACCUGCUCAUCAACGCCAGCUCCCGCGUGUCCGCCCAGAACCCCGCCCCCGCGCCCCUUCCGUCCUGCGCCCUCGGCUCCAUGGACAAGCCGGCCGCCCCACCCGCCACCACCAACCGCAUGCCAGUCUACAGCAGCGACAUGCAGCAGCAGCAGCAGCAGCGCUGCUGGAACCAGCAGCACCUCUCUCACCCACAGCAGCGAGUCUCAGAGGAACGGAACCCCUGCAGUCGGCAGCCCCGGGACCGGCAGGGGCGGAGCUACCCGCAGGACCCGUGCGCUGGCCAGCCCUACGGCUUGGCGGCCCCCAUGGAGAAGCCUACGCCCUCCCCGCCCGUCAGUGGGAUGCCGGGGGUCGUGCCCUACGCCAAUGGCCACUACUUCCAGCCCAUGUGGAACGGCGUCCUGCCGACGCCUAACAGUGACAGCUCCGGGUCACAGGACCUGGCCUUGCCAUUCCACGGGGGACCACCAGGGGGCCCUGUAGACUGCGCCCCAGGGACGCAGUACAGGGCUGGGGCCGGGUCCUCUGGCCAGACUGGCGUGAUGCAGGGCAUGGAGUAUGUGGGCGGGGAAUACCAGGCACCCUGCUUCAGAGACCAGAGCCUGGCCCUGGGGGGCAGAGCCCCAGAGCCCAGCCACAGCAGAAAUACUCAUAUUCAGGUUCCAGGGUUCAGAUAAGCUACAACUUCUGUGUACGUAGUUAUUGAUCUUUUAGUCUUAAAUGCAUAAAAAUGAAUUCAUUCAAAUGAAGCUAACUUUAAAAAAGUAUAUAUAUAUUUACAUAUCUAUAUAUAUAUACAUAUAUAUAUAUAUUUAAGAGCAAGCAGUGUUUUUGUUGUUGUCAAUCUUGCAAGUGAUCAAUUGAAACGUUUUCUAAAUAACACUCCUUAAUGUUACUCACUUGUUAGAAAAACGAGCUGUUUUCUUCUGCGUUUUAAAUGGGCUUCAUUUCCUCUUUCCCCCAUUUAUCAUCCAUGUUAUAGUGCACCCUCGUCCAUUUUUAUUUUGUUUGAUUUCCAAGCUAGAAAUCUAGCACCUGGGAGUGUAUUCAUUGUGGUGGUGGUAUUAUUAUUAUUAUUAUGAUGAUAGCCGUUUCUUUUCUUUAUCAUAACAUUGAUCUAACAAUGUCAUUUUGUCACACGUUUUUGCACCGAUGCAGAACUGCUGAGUGCAGAAUCUAGAGCCGCUGUUCAUGUUCUUCUGAUGUUCAGGGCCUGAGUCUAUCUGUAUUGGCUGCUGUUCACAGAAGCCCUAUGCAGCACUCUCCCACCAACACGCCUUUCCCGGGCCUCCUCUGUGCUGAACAGCCAAAACCUUCUUAAUGGUUCAGUGUGAGGCCUCACCCAUUCCUAAUGGUUCAGUGUGAGGCCUCACCCAUUCCUAAUGGUUCAGUGUGAGGCCUCACCCAUUCCUAAUGGUUCAGUGUGAUACCUCACCCAUUCUUAAUGGUUCAGUGUGAGGCCUCACCCAUUCCUAAUGGUUCAGUGUGAGGCCUCACCCAUUCCUAAUGGUUCAGUGUGAUACCUCACCCAUUCUUAAUGGUUCAGUGUGAGGCCUCACCCAUUCCUAAUGGUUCAGUGUGAUACCUCACCCAUUCCUAAUGGUUCAGUGUGAUGCUUCACCCAUACACAGUUUGCCCAAGCUGUUCCACACGAGUAUGAGCUUCUACGCUGAACAUAUUGCUGGACCUCAGAAGUGGACUUUGCAUAGGUUAACCAGGCGAUAAACUGAUACAGAAGCUAGCGUGGGGCUUUGUGUCUGCCCUACUCCACACUACACCCUGUUUUUGCAGUCAUUUUUUGCAGCGUUGGUGCGUGCUGAUUCUGGUUUUGUCAGCAGUUGGAAAUGUCACUUCCGCCGUAACUUAAAAUGAAACCGCAUAUACUGAUGUGAACUUGAAGCAGUUGGCUAUGGUUAAAAAAUAUGUAUGUAUGGCCAUGUUCUACUUUGAGACGUUGGUCCUUCAUAAAUCUUUUUAAUCCUAUUAGUUGUAUCUGCCACACAAUAUCACAUAGUAUUCUGUGUAGAAGUCAAUCUUAGUGAGUUUGAAAAAUUUGUGGGUGCUCUGAACCACUUGUUCGGUUUUAAGCCGAUUGUUAGAAUAGUGUUUUUAUGAAUGGGAUGACUGAAAAGAAGUGUAAAAUGUUACCAGUUUCAGAAAACAAUAUUGAGGCAUGACAUAUUUAGAUUUUCGUACCUGUGUGUUUCUCCUUUGAUCAGAUUUAAUGGGACUGCUGACCUUUUUUCCCCCUUAAGUUUACUUUUUAUUUUUUUUAUUUGCUCUUUUGUAAGAAUCAAAUGUUCAUUUGGCUCUCCAGAGGACACAAACUGACACUUUGUAUAUGUUUAGUGUUAAUGCAUCUUUAUUAUGAACACUUCUUAAGUUAUUUUUGAAAGGUGACUGUUAAAUAUGUUCAAUCAGGUCGAUGGCCAAGACUGGCUCUCUCAGUGAAGCUAUCUCUUAUCAGGUGUUUGUACUGAUGAGUAGCACCCUCAGAAAGGGAGAGCGGUUGACAUUCUCUCAGACACUACAGUGCAGAUACAAAUCCAGGCGUCUGUGUCCGCAUAGUUUCUCACACAUUCAGUUUCCGCCCAGCAAGUUCAUUAGUAAUAUGCAACGUUUUUUUUCUUUCUUUAUUUGUGAAUGGGAUCGCUUCAAGUUAGAAAACAACUUUGGAAGGUGUAGCUUUUUUUUGUCAUUUUAACAAACACUUGAAUUACUGAGAUGAGAUAUUUGGUUGAUUUGUUGGGUGGGAGUUAAACAUUUGGAAGACUAAACUUUCUACCACACCUGACAUAUAGCCAAGUAUCUGACAGAGUAGUACUAAUCGUAACUACAAGCCAAAUCAGAAUUUUGAUCUUUUUUUCACUUAAAAAUAAUGUUAGACAUAGUUGCUACUAAUUUGUAAAUGAAGAAAUGAAGAGUUACCCAGUACACAUGUGAAGAAAGCAAAUUGAUCACUUGCAACUGCUAAGUUAAAAAGAAAGGACUUUCUCAAGCAGAAUAGCAAAUGUAUUGUUUAUUUUAAUGUACACUGGUUUCACUACGAUACUGCUGUAAUUUGAAAGGAAGUAUUCUCUGAAUGUUGCCUGUGAUGGUGUGUGAGUAGUGUUUGCGGGGGCUGUUUGUGGGGGCUGAUUCACACACUCAUGCACGCACUGUUUGUCUCCCUCCCAGACAACCCUCAAAAAAGCCUUAAGUAUUUGGACCUGGGACUCGAGAACAAGCAUGAAUUGGGGAAAUCAAACUGAUCUAAUGGACAGUGUUGGCAUAUUGGCAGCAUGUGUCUUCUUAAGUUAGUAGUUUGAUAGAAGUACAACGAUUGAAUGAAGUGGCAAGGAAAUAAAUUAGAAAUUUUAUUUUAAUUAAGUUUUAUACUGUAUAGGUCUAUGUAGUCAUGGGCUGUAACAAAUGUCAUAUUUUUAAAAUUUUCAAACUACUACUUAAUUUGCCUGUUAUUUAACAUGAUUAUAGUCUUAAUUCUUUGUUUUUCUUGAAAAAAUAGGGCUGUGACUCAUUUUCUAUAUUUCAAGGUUGGAGCACAUAGGAAACUGAAUGCAAAUGGCAAAUUCAAAAUUUACUGAAUUGAAUGAAAAAUGCACAAAUAAUGAUUGUCAAGCAGGAACCUGGACACAAGAUCUUUAUUUUCACAAGUAAGUUUUAUUCCAUUGCUCCCCCCCCCUUUUUUGCCCUGUUGUCUCCAAUGUGCCUUGCCCCUCAGACUGUGGUUAUAUGGCAAACAAGUCAAGUCUGGGAUUUGUGCUACAGUUUUACUUUAACACUGCUGUGAUAAAAAAAUAUAUAUUUUUAAUUUAUGUUUUUAAAAGUAGUGCUAGACAGAUGUGACAUUUACUUAUACCAAGGUAACAUUUCCAAGAUUAAAUAUUUACUUGAAAUGUACUGGAUUUCAGAGGGGUGAGAGAGGGUCUGAUGGAAUGGAACUGAUUUAAUUCACCAGGCUAAAAUUGUUCAUUUUCGAGGAGUCCCCUGUUCUGCUCCAUACCCCCCCCCCCCCCCAAUGUGUACUUUGUACUUUAAUGAAGAUUUGUUACAGCCCAAAGGGAAGGGGAAAUAAAGCUUGUUUUUUUGCAAGUUUCUGUUCAUUAUCUGAAGUGCCUCCGAUGGAUUAAAUCAUGGAAAUACUGUAUUUGGUGUUUGUACACACGCGCGCACACAUGCUCACCCUAAACAUACACUAAUGUUGCAAUGUCCAUAGUGAGAGGAGUCCAGUAUUCUUCACUACUGAUACUGUAUUCAUUAACAGAACUCCUAAUGUGUUACGGGUAGCUAAUGAAACAUGUCAGUUGGUUUAAGCUGUUGCAGAUUCACAGGUGACAGGUUUUCGUUUCCCCUGAGACUGACGGUGGACUGUAAGGUUUAUGAAUAUUUACGAGCUCAGUUCCUCAGGGAUUGUGCUGUCCCAGUGGUGCUCAGAGUGCCUAAGUGUUCAUUUCUGAGGAAAUCUCACUGGGAUCUGUGAAGUACAUUUAUUCCCCCAAAAACGUCACACCUUUUCAGCUUGUGUGACCUAAAAGAAAACAAGAAAUAGAACUGGGCCACUGGGCAGUUGAGUUGAGUUUGUUCAGUGUGCAGGGCAUCGUCAGGUGGUGCCCUGUCUCCCUCUGGGGGUUUGUUCAGUGUGCAGGGCAUCGUCAGGUGGUGCCCUGUCUCCCUCUGGGGGUUUGUUCAGUGUGCAGGGCAUCGUCAGGUGGUGCCCUGUCUCCAUCUGGGGGUUUGUUCAGUAUGCAGGGCAUCGUCAGGUGGUGCCCUGUCUCCCUCUGGGGUUUGGGGGGUGGGGGGGAGGUUUGGCUUUCCCUUUCAUGUAGUUGUUUUUCCUCUUGUUCUCCUGUUUUUGAGAGGCAUUAUGUGUUGCACAAACAUUCCCUUCUAACCAAAAUAAAUUAUGACUUGCAUUUGUAAAACUCUUGUUA